CAGCUCCUGACGUCAUAUCACACUCUUGAUGCGGAAGCGGAUGGUGGUUAUUUCUUCGCCUCCAAGCCAUUUUUGACUUCAAACUUGUAUUUUGUGACCAAUUGGCUAUUGAGUCGUUUUUCUAACAGAGAUAAUCAUGAACUUGGAGCGCGUUUCCAACGAGGAAAAACUGAAUCUUUGCCGAAAAUAUUAUUUGGGUGGCUUUGCCUUCCUCCCUUUCCUCUGGCUGGUGAAUGUUGUGUGGUUUUUUAAAGAAGCUUUUGUAAAACCCGCCUACACAGAACAACCACAGAUCAAAAUUUAUGUGAAACGGUCAGCGCUGGGGUUAAUCCUGUGGGUGGCCGUGCUCACGACGUGGAUCACUGUUUUCCAGCAUUUCCGAGCACAAUGGGGCGAGGUGGCUGAUUAUCUCUCCUUCACCAUUCCUCUUGGCACGCCAUAAAACGACACUGCCUACAUGGGAUUUCCUCUGGAGGGCUUCAGGAUUUCUUCUUAAUCUCUUAAACAGUGUGAUGAACAUAUGGUGUAUUAUUUUGACUUGUUGUGAAAGAAUGAAACAUCACGGAAUGAAAGUGAGUCUGAGCAAUGUGAUAAGAAAUGAGUGACAAACACCAGUUGUGCACACACUCCCCUCAUUUACAUAAUGAUCAUAAUCUUCUAAUCCUAACAACAGGACUGACAUACCAGACUCUCUAAUAUCCACAAGUGAAGCCUCGCCGAUGCGAAACUCAUAACUGGCGCCUAUUAUGAAACCCAAUCUCACAUUCGGGUAAAUUCUAAGCCCCCUUCCUGCCGGGCUCUGACUGGAUGCUGUAUUUAGUAGCUUGUAGUCAGAGUGUUGGUGGCAGGCAAAAUGUUUCCCCCCCAUCACUACUUAGCAUCCUUACAAAUAAAAAAAGAUUGAUGAGUUCUGCGCUCAGGCAUCUGAGCUCCAUUUUCCAUAAUAUGACCAGCAAGUAAUCAUUACGUGACGGUUCAUAGUGUUCCUGUGCUUGGACAGAGUCCGAACGGUUUAUGCUUGGGACACUCUGGAUGAUGAGUACGAUAUGAUAAUGCAUUUACUUUCAUUCCUUUCUCUGAAUGCUGGCCAAAACUGAUUGGAAUCCUUGAAACGUUUGACUCUCAGUGGACCACAGAGUUUUGCUUACUUCCCUUGGCUGUGAAAGCCAUUGUUACUAAUUAAAAUGAUCAUCUUGUGUCUCUAUGAAACCAUACGCAUGAUUCCUGAUAAUAGAGCUGUGAUGGUGUGUGACUGGAAUAAAUUGUUGUUCUAACCA